UUGAAUACAGCUCUUGAACAGCACUCUACAUUAUUCACUGUCAUCAUCAUGUUGAACGAAAAAAUGAGUGUGAUAAAUAAAGAAGCAUGGGCAAGACAAUUUGUUAUUAUUGAGAGAAACAUUUCCAAGUUAAACUCUGGUGGUCACACUCUCUUGAAGGUGUGGAGAG